CGAAUUUGCUAGUAUUCUAGUUCUCUCCAAUUGCAUUAUUGAUGAGUUAUCAUCACCGUUCGAAGCGAGCAACAGCCAAGGUCAUCUUUCCUUCCGGUCCUUUCCUCCUGCUGGAUUGUCGUAUGUCGAUCUUUUUUGCUUGAUUCCAGCCGACCUUCGCUGUGUAAGCCCACGUAACAACACGCCGAGUGCUCCCACGCCCUUGACCACUCGGGACCAUGAGAUAGGACUCUGGCAGUCACCUUCCAUUCGCUUUAGCUCACUGUACCCCGACCGCAUUCUUUAUCGGGUGGCUGGUUACCCACCAGAUCCUCUCUUCGGCUGGUAUAUUCGAAGAAUCGUUUGAAUCUCGCUAUCGUUGACCAUAAUGCUUGCGCCUGAGCCCCCGGUCAAGCUAGAGGGUCACUGCUCUGUGAUCCACGACAACACUCUUUACACGUUCUCCUCCAACGGGUUCGCUUACAUUCCGCUCGAGCGCAAUGGCACAUGGUCUCCUUUGAACACGGAUGGCGCCGAGCUAGUCUCGGAUGCGGUGUGUGUUAUGGGGGGUGUUGAUGGUAACGAGAAUAAGACGGCGCUCUACGUGGUUGGAGGGACAUCCUCAAAAUCAAAUCCGCCAGGAAUACAGCGGUUCUCGUUGGAGGAUAAGACGUGGAAAACUCUGAAUGUGGCAGUGGACAACCUAGCCAACCGGACGGGUCAUAGCGCCGUCUAUUUAAGAUCAAUCUCGACUAUUUUGUCGUACGGCGGCAGCACCACUGAUGGAUCCCGGCCGUCUUCUGAAACUUUCACGGUGAUUACCAAGCCGACAUACAGCCUUGACUCUGGGACUGGGUAUUCAUCGCCCGCAGUUUGGCCGCCACUUUUGAGAUGGAGCGACGAUACAGCCGUAUUGUUUGGGGGCCCGGAUACCCCAGAGGAGCCGCGUUUCUGGAACUCGGAUCAAGAAUGGCAUAACAGUGGUUACCCAUCGUUGAAUUUGACGUUUCCCACAGGAGUGAAGGCUGCCCUUUUCCACAAUUCGGGUGAGACUAGAAUGGUGCAAGCUUUCGACUUCAACCAAUCACCAGUUGAUGUUUCGUUUCGGGUUCUCUCACCAAAAAUGAGCCAAGCAUCCAAGAAGCGGAAAAGGGACGACAGCCCGACUUAUGACGGUACCCUGGCACCUGAUUUGAGCGAUAAAAGCUACUCGUUUGCUCAAGGCGACCAAGACAGCCCGCUGGUGGUAAUCUCGGGUGGCAGUGGUACCGACACUCUGUCCAUCUUCAACCAAACAUCGUACAGCUGGGUGAAUACGACCCAGUUAUUCUACGGUGACAAGUCUGAACAAGAAAUUCUUGGAACAGCAACAUCAACACCAUUAUCACCCACAGCUACCCCAACAGAAUCACCUACCGUAGCUGACUCGACAAGCGACGACGAUUCGGAAGCAAACAUUGGCACGAUCCUUGGUGCAGUUCUGGGAAGCCUGGCGGGCGUUGCCAUCAUACUGGUUCUCAUAUUGCUCUACAUUAAAAGAAAGAAGGAGAAGGCGAGGCAGGCAGAUGGUAUGGGCAAGGAUCGGCUGAGCUUCCAAGAUCAGGGCGUAGAACCUCUGACUCGUUCGGCUUAUCCUAUGGCAGAGAGCCCGGCGCCGAAAGCAGCUGCCUCUGUGGAUUCUUUGGCAAUUUUUUCGGGAAAUAUGGGCGAUGAAAAGUCUCCCAGGUCUGCUGGCUCCUUACCGCACUACAUGCAAAAGACUCAACCCGCAAAGCCGAGCCCGCUCAACAAUAUCCAGUCCAGUGACGAUGCCGGUUACGGCCCAGAUGAUAAAGCCAUUGAAGCUGGGCAAUCGCCGGUACGUCGCACUACGGAUGAAGGCUGGGGUAAAUACUUCCAGGAUAACAGCACACCCACACUGGUUGGUGUUCAGUCCCCGUACGACUCGACGCGUGGUUCCAAAGCCACCAUAUGGCCGGGGACCAACAAUGCCCUGCCACCUUUGCAGACAAGUUUCCUACAGGAACCGACCCCGCUAGGACGAGUUAACAGUGGUAGUCCCACAACAGAGGUUGGCCGGCACAUCGUGAUCCCAGAGAGUCAAUCAGCGCGAAUCUCUAGCGCCAGUUCUGCAAGUUUCAACUCAGACGAUGGAGGUCACGACGAAGCCGUGCGCGAACAAAGCUGGCUCGGCCGCCCUCCAAGCAGUGCGUACAGCAGGAGCUUUUACAAUCCUGGCAGCACGCGAGACGCCCUAUCUACAAUGGCACCAUCUACAGUCGCGCCAUCUGUUGAUUAUAGAAGGCAUGACUCGCAUCGCACAAACACACGAGGAUCCAGUGUUCUCAUUCCUGACGGUCAACCGCUGCCAAGGAACAAUGUCAACUCGGAUAUGAGCUGGCUAAACCUCAAUGCUGACCGAUAAAUACCUCCUAAUCAAAAGUCACUUUUACAUCUCUACUUGGGAUAUUGAGCUUUGGAUGG